AAGAUCUAGGAACAGACAGGAGAGGCGGGCAUAGGGGGCAGAGAGGCAUGCGCUGCGGAGUCUGCUAAUCACUCGUAGCUCGCUUGGUUGCAACGCGGAGCGAGUAAAGGCAGGUCAAAGAAGAAUCAAUGGCGAGAGGAGAACAGCCCGAAGCAAGCUCUGUUGUUUCUGAUCUUAUCGACUUUCUUAACGCUUCUCCCACAGCAUUCCAUGCAGUUGACGAGGCGAAGAAGCGGUUGAAGAACGCAGGAUUCGAGCAAAUCUCCGAGAGAGAGGAAUGGAAACUACUAGUCGGGAAGAAAUACUACUUCACGAGGAACUACUCCACCAUUGUUGCUUUCGCGAUCGGGAAAAAAUAUGUUGCUGGAAACGGGUUUCAUAUUGUUGGUGCACAUACUGACAGUCCAAGCCUGAAACUCAUGCCCGUCACAAAGGUAACUAAAGGAGGAUGUUUGGAGGUUGGCGUCCAGACAUACGGAGGUGGGUUGUGGCAUACGUGGUUUGAUCGCGACUUAUCUAUUGCAGGCAGGCUGAUGAUAAGGAAAGGAAAAGGUGAUUCUGCAUCUUACUGCCAUCAACUUGUGAGGAUAGAGGAGCCUAUAAUGAGGAUUCCUACUUUGGCGAUUCACUUAGACAGAGGUGUUAAUGACGGAUUUAAGGUGAACACACAAAGUCAUCUGGUUCCAGUAUUGGCAACAUCAAUUAAGGCUGAACUCAAUAAGGUGGUGGCUGAGAGUGGUGGUGUUGAAGAUGGAGUUCAAAAGAGGAACAAUGAUAACAAGAAGCAUCAUUCACUUCUAUUAGAGCUGCUUGCUACUCAGGCUGGAUGUGAACCAGAUGAAAUAUGUGAUUUUGAAUUACAAUUGUGUGAUACUCAACCAAGCACUACAGCUGGUGCUAUGAAAGAAUUCAUCUUUUCAGGAAGGCUUGACAACCUUUGUAUGUCGUUUUGCUCUUUAAAGGCAUUGAUCGAUGCGACAUUGUCUGAAAGUAGUCUUGAGGAUGAGACUGGUAUAAGAAUGGUGGCGUUGUUUGAUCACGAGGAAGUGGGGUCUUCUUCCGCACAGGGAGCCGGAUCUCCAGCCAUGUUGGAUGCUCUGGCAAGGGUCACAAAUUCUUUCAGCUUAGCAAAUGCCAAGGAGACAGGCGCCAGGGCCAUCAAACAGGGAGUCAGCAGAGCAAUAUCGACAACUCAAAACAGUUUGUCGAAUGUGUCCGAUUACAAAGAAGAUCCAUGGUUGUGGGAAUUGCUUACUCUCUUAUCUGAUAUUUCUAAAUCUUUGUAG